ACAAGCUGAUCCGGAUACAGCUCACCAAAAUCCAACCAAGAAAAAAGAAAGAAAACGAGCUGGUGGUACUACUAAAUUCCAGUGCUACUCCAGGCACGGACUUCCGGCCGAAAGAAACCAACAAGCGUGUGCCGGAACGGGCCAGGAAGGAAGAGAGGCACUUCACCAACCAAGAGAAAUCUCCUCGCCUCAACCAAGACUCGACUUGGCUGGCCUCGGCCACUUCGAUCUCUCCACCUCUCCAGUAGGGUAGGAGUACCAGCGGGCAGCGGUGGCGGGGCCGAAUGGUGGUCUCCGUGAGCGCGGGCGGUGGGCUGGCGGACGGGUUCGGCCUCCUCUGCCCGUUCUUGGCCCGCUUGAUGAUGCCCAGUACUCUGGGAAACAUCACGUACUCAAGGUUGCUUCAUAACAUGAGUAUCAUGUUUGAUCUUUGGAGCUAAUGUUAGUUGCACUCAGAGGCCAAGCAAUUGCUUUAUAACGGUUUUUAUGUUGCUGGUCUGGUCUAUGAGCUGCAAGCGACUGUCCAGUUGUCGGUCAGGGAAAUCAUAAUGUCAACAAGUGAAAACUUACGGGUGGAGUUAUUGUCCAGAACCCCGCCUUUUGGUUUGAGACUAUGGGUUGUGCUUGGCAUAAGCAUUUGGGCUGCAAUUCUGUUUGUCCUAGGCCUCAUAUGCUUCCUGUUGAUAUACUGGAGGAGACGAGGGAAUCAUCAUGAUAUUGCUGAGCCUGAAAUCCCAGAUGUAACCAAAGAGAUUGCAGUAGAUGAAGUUGGUAGCCGAGCUUUUGUGGAGAACAUCUGUGCCCCAGAAAGUCACAUCUUUCCAGUGAAGGAGAGAGAUCCAGAGAAAGAAUCGGGGAAAGUGUUCGCUCACUUGAUUACGAGCAAAUCAAGUGAUGAUCAUAAUUUGAUUGAGUGCAGCUCGCACCAAUAUGAUAGGGCCCAGGAGUUAUACUCUGGUGAUGAAGGCAGUUCAGCAUAUGAUAAGAGGGAGUACUCUCAGUGUGCCACCAUGUCCAUGUCUCCUCGGGCUGGUCUCCCAGAGUUCUCUCACCUGGGUUUGGGUCAUUGGUAUACUCUCAGAGAGUUGGAGCAUUCAACAAAUGGGUUCUCUAAUGAGUAUAUCAUUGGAGAGGGCGGAUAUGGGGUUGUUUAUCAUGGCUGUCUUGUAAAUGGAACUGAUGUUGCAAUCAAAAAACUUUUUAAUAACGUGGGCCAGGCAGAGAAAGAGUUCAGGGUCGAAGUUGAGGCCAUUGGUCAUGUUAGGCAUAAGAAUCUGGUGCGACUUCUGGGUUACUGUGUUGAGGGAAGCCACAGGAUGCUUGUCUACGAAUACAUCAGCAACGGCAACUUAGAACAGUGGUUGCAUGGUGCGAUGCGUCAACAAGGUGUUCUUACCUGGGAAGCCCGCAUAAAAAUUACCCUUGGCAUUGCUAAAGCACUGGCUUAUUUGCACGAAGGCAUAGAGCCAAAAGUUAUUCACCGUGAUAUCAAAUCAAGUAAUAUCCUUAUUGACGAAGAAUUCAAUGGAAAACUUUCUGACUUUGGAUUAUCUAAGCUCUUGGGUGAAGGGAAGAGCCAUAUAACUACUCGAGUUAUGGGGACUUUUGGCUAUGUAGCCCCUGAAUACGUAAAUACUGGACUGCUAAAUGAAAAGAGCGAUGUGUACAGUUUUGGGGUACUACUCUUGGAAGCCGUGACUGGAAGGGAUCCUGUUAACUACAGCCGGCCUGCCAAUGAGGUCCAUAUGGUGGAGUGGCUUAAACAGAUGGUUGGCAGCAGGAGAGCAGAGGAGGUGGUUGAUUCUGAAAUGGAGGCUAAACCAACUAAACAGGCUCUCAAGCGUGCUCUCCUAGUCGCGCUCAAGUGUGUAGACCCCGUUGCUGACAGAAGGCCUACUAUGGGUCAGGCCGUUCGUAUGCUCGAAGCAGAGGAUGGGCUAUCACGGGAGGAACGGAGGAAGAGCCGGCCGGCGCAUGUCGAUGGUGGAGACACCUGACCUGGGUUAGCAGUCCAAGUCAAGGCCGCGUGUGUUGAAAUUGCUUGCGAUAAGAAACAUCAUCUGGGACGUAAAAUGUAAAUAAAGCUUUCGCUGGCAAAAACAGAGGAUGAAAUAAGCCUUCUGCUUAUGAUCGUACUGGAUGGUAGAUUACUAUGAUGGGAAUCCACAUUCCACAAGAGUAAUUCCUGAUCGCGACUCUCAACUUCCAAAAGUCGCUGAAACAGCAUAUGCAUUUUCGAAAUGUACAUCAAGUAGGCUGAUAGUACUGGGUAGCGAGAACUUGUUUGCCAGUACAUUUGUAUUUAUCUAUGUUUUAGUUGAUCAAGUCACUUAGAGC